UGAGUGUCAGCACGGGCGAUGCUCAAGUGGCUGGUGACUCGGGGGCCACAUCCCCCUCAACCGCCCCGGGAGGUGGUCACAGAUGACCCCCUGGCCACCCUCGGGGUCAAGAAUAAUGACCACCACAUCUACGCCGUCUCCAGAGUGAACCCGCUGUAUCACGAAGAUGAGACAGGGACUACUGAGGGCUUGGAGGAAGACGAAGAGGUCCAGGAGCUGGAGAUAAGACAGAAGGAGGAGGUCCUACUCGAAUCUCCUCCCAUUGAUCGCAGUUCAGUUCGCUCCUCGGGCUAUGGGUCCAAAGAGACGGACUCUGCGUCAGAGAGGUCAGACGCCCACGAUGACGAUGACCUUCUGGGAGCUGAGGUCAGAACAACUUCGGCGUCAUCUUCGUACGCUGGCGAUGGUAGUCGGCGAAUAUCACUGGGUGAGGAGGGGGUAGCAGGAGAGGAUAAUGGUAAGGGUAGUAGCGAGGUUAAGGAAUCUCAGUCAGCGGUUCAGCUACGUUUAUCCCUGGAUGCGUCAGGGGCUCCGAGGAAGGGAAAAUCUAACUUGGUAUCUGUUAGAGGGAAGCACAUAGCCGCCAUUGUCUCCAAGGAUCCGGAGUUCGUCCAGGCGAUCGAGAUGGGACUACGUCGAACUCGGUCUCUGGAAAUUGUGCGUCAACAUCGACCAUUCCAGCAGUCUGGCUCCUCGACGGUACCUCGCCCCAUCUGGCCGCGAGACACCGGCCUCGCUGAUGACCAGUAUCAAGUAGCAAGCAAAAGAACUCUGCAGCAGGUGAGAGAGUCGUUCACUCGCCCCGAGUCUCAGCGUGUCCCUAGUCCAGUGGACAUUCUCAAGCAGGACAUUCGCUAUGUGACGGCUAUAGACGUGAUGCCAAAGCGUGCCAAAAGCUUCACCCCGGGGCUCCCCAGACCGGUGCCAGGCAGUGCCAACACCACGAGUCACGACGUAACACAAACAAAGAAACUAGUGCUGCAUCACGAUGACAGAGAGACCAGCAUUACCAGAUACUUUGGCGGCGAGCACAGUAAUUCCAGUUACGUGCUCAUGUCUCUCCAGCCAGACUCACUGGUCACUGAGGAGACUCUCCGCAUGAUGAGGUACGGCAGGGAGGAAGACCUCCUAGAAGAGAACCACUACGAGUCUCCUAUUAAUGUUGCUCAGACGGAUCACUCGAUCGCCAUGCCAGACUUCAGCCAAGCCAUGUACACUAGAGGACUUUACGCCACGCUCAAUAGAGCCGCCUCGCUCAAUACCAAAGAUAUCGUCAAACCUCCUUAUAAAGUCAGAAGUAAAAGCUUUGAUAUUUCAAUUCCUAGCCACAAGAUCUGUGCCAAAAAACGAGGGCUGUCAGCAGUGAAAGAUUUAUGGGAAAAAAGCGGCUUAAAAACAAAUGGUAGAAAACUUAUAGUGAAUGACGACUUGCUAGACAAUAGAUUAGAGGAACCUGAAGACCCGUCGAGGAGACUGUCUGUUGGAAGCAGCGUAGAGCAGCUGAGAAGUGUUAGUUCCUCUGAGAUGACCAGUGAACGGCACUUGAAGAGACUGGAAAGUGAUAACACUACUACAACCAACAGAAGUUCAGGCACUUACGAGGAACCCUACAGCCUGGAGAGCAUCAGAUAUUCUAGUCAUCCAUCCCUGGAGACCAAGUCGUCGGGCAGCUAUGCGGAGAUUAACGACAUUGUCAUUGGAGGCAUCGACAACCCAUCCUUCCUGGAGGACAACGGCCGCCCACGCUUUCCCAGUCCUCCUCCACUCAUCCACCAUAAUGGCAAGCCACUCAUGCCUGCCAACAAGUUCCUGGACCCCGACAAACUAGCGGCCUUCCAGAAGAAGAUCAGCGAGAAGCUGCAGGGAGCUCCUCUGCACCGCAUGCAGUGGCUCGAUCUGGAUGACAUCACUGUGGAUGAUGCCGUAGACAUCAAACACGAACGCAGAGUCAAGUUCACCGCUGACACCAUCAACCCGGGCAGUCUGGAGCGAGGAGCGGGAAGAGGAGCUCACCAGGCACCAAGAAGGUCUUCCCCUGUACCUGGAAGAGCUCUCAAGCUCCACCACAAAGACAGUGAUGAGCUGGAGCCUCUGCAGGGAAGGAACCUUCACCAGGUGGCUACGGAACCCACGAAACAAGCAACCAGCGACACCGAUCAUAAGGGCAUAUGGGCCAUCUCAGAAAGCUACAGAGGCAGGUUCCAGGAAGCACCGUCUGGCACUGUGGGACGAGGCAAGAGACAACAGCUCUGGGAGACGUACUAUGGCACUGCCGGGUCUAUAGACAGGACUCUCCCUCGUCACCUGGCACCACAUCCUAACAGCCAGGCACCUUUUUGUACGGUGAACACAGCACUGACAGUUGAACACAGCUACGGCAGUGGAACCAACGCCUACGGAAGUGUGAACACAGCCACGGCAGUUGAACCAGUCACGACAUGUUGGGAACACAGCCUACUGGCUGGGUUUAAAACAGCCCAUGCAGUUGAACCAGCCCCUGCAUGUGUAACCAAGUAG